AUCACUGUUUGUUUACUGACCGCCAGUCGCGCACGUCGCUUCGAAGACGCUGUUACUCGGUUGCGGGAUCGCGAGAUCAACGUUUCGGUGGAUAUACUAUAGUGCGAAGGGGUUUCUAGUUCUCCUGCUAAAGUGUAAAAAUCCUGACUCUCAUAAAGGUUGACCCAUCACACCUAGCAUGGCGACAGCGCGGGAGCAGUUCUUAUUCGGCAGCGACAACGGCGUCGCCGGACUCGGCCUGGGCAUCGAGAUCGGAGAGGUGACGCCCAGCCGGGUCUACAAUACCACCACAGUGCCCGUGACCAGUGCCGGAGGAUGGCGCAAUGGCCAGUCAAGCACGACGACCAGUACCGUCAAUGGAUCCACGGCCAGCAAGCAACCACCAUUGGAGCCCGUGGAGGAGGAGGAGGUGCACUUUGACAUCGAUGCCCUGAACAACCUGCCAGCCCGCGAGCCCGUGGAUAUGGAGUUUAAGGAGCUGUCCUUGACUGUGAAAUUGGGCUUCAACCGAGGAUCCAAGGAAAUAUUGCACAAUGUAAGUGGAAAGUUCCCUGGCAGCCAGCUCAUCGCCAUUAUGGGGCCUUCGGGUGCGGGAAAGUCCACGCUGCUGGAUGCCCUUUCUGGCUUCAAGACAACGGGCGUUGAUGGCUCUAUCCUGCUCAAUGGUCGGCGACGUGACUUGCCCUCUUUCCGUCGCAUGUCCUGCUACAUUACGCAGGACGAUCGCCUGCAGCCACUGCUGACGGUCAAUGAGAAUAUGCAUAUAGCCGCCGAUCUUAAGCUGGGACAGACGGUCAGUUACGAGGAGAAGGAGAGCAGGAUCGAGGAUAUCCUGCUGCUGCUGGGAUUGUACGAUCACGAUCAGACCCUCACCAUGCGCCUGUCCGGUGGUCAGAAGAAGAGGCUAUCCAUUGCCAUGGAGUUGAUCAACAACCCCACUGUGAUGUUCCUGGACGAGCCGACAACAGGCUUGGACAGUAGCUCUUGCACAAAGGUCCUGGAGCUCCUCAAGAAGCUGACUGGCCAGGGCCGUACCAUUAUCUGCACGAUCCACCAGCCCACUGCCAAGCUGUUCCAGAUCUUUGACCAGGUCUACGUCCUGGCUGCCGGUAACUGCGUCUAUCAGGGCAGCACCCAGAAGCUGGUGCCCUUCCUGCAGGCAGUGGAUCUGCCCUGCCCCAUGUACCACAACCCAGCGGAUUACAUAAUCGAGCUGGCCUGCGGAGAAUAUGGCUACGACAAGGUCGACACCUUGAAGGGAGCCACGGAGAACGGAAGCUGCCUCACCUGGUUCGACAAUCCCAGCUCGAUAAUGCGAUCUGAGGCUCUGAUGAGGAAGUACCCCAUCCCCAAGCGGACCAAAGCACGUUCGCUGGAGGACACAAGCUUCUCUAAUCAGUGCUCGGUGCUGAUGCGCCGCGGCUACAUGAAGGCGAAGCGGGACACCACCAUGACGCACUUGAGGAUUGGUGUCAAUAUUGCAGUGGCAGCCCUUUUUGGCGCCAUGUACGAUCACACGGGUCGCGAGGGAUCCCGAGUGCUAGACAACUACAACCUGCUCUUUGCCAUCCUAAUGCACCAUUCCAUGACCACGAUGAUGUUGACUGUCCUGACUUUCCCCAUUGAGAUGUCCAUACUGAUCAAGGAGCAUUUCAACCGCUGGUACUCCCUGAAAGCCUACUACACUGCCAUGACUAUCGUAGACCUGCCCAUAUCGAUAAUAAGUUGCUUCAUUUUCACCGUCAUCGUCUACUUGUGGAGUUACCAGCCCAUGGAGUGGGUCCGCUUCUGGAUGUUCUUCGUUAUUAGCUUACUGACGGUCUUCGUCGGUCAUAGUUUCGGUCUGAUGAUCGGCUCCUGGUUCGAUGUGGUCAACGGCACCUUCCUGGCGCCCGUUCUCACCAUUCCCAUGAUGAUGUUCGCUGGCUUUGGAGUGACCCUGAAGGAUCUGCCAAGCUACCUACAAUGGGGCAGCCACAUAUCAUAUUUAAGAUAUGGGCUAGAGGGCUUUAUAUCAGCCAUCUACGGCUUGGAUCGAGGAGUGCUGGCGUGCGAGGAGGCGCCCUACUGCCAUUACAGGUAUCCAAAGAAAUUCCUUGAGGAAAUUACCAUGAGGGGUGAUCAGUUCUGGAACGACGUCAUUGCUCUGGGAGCCAUGAUAAUUGUCUUUAGGCUGGUGUCCUACGUCGUGCUCAAGGCCAAGAUCAAGUCCAUUCGUUGAUACCUCCGUGGAGGAACACACCUGCAGCCCAUUCCUUGUAUUAUACAUUACUUGUUGAAAUUUAUGUUUAGUGCUAUUAAUAUUUAAAGAAAUAUGUACAAGUACAUAAAACACUGUUAAAUAAAGCUACGAUCUGUAA